CUCACCGAACAACACAGAUGAAGUGGAGUUGAAGCUCUGAGCAGCAGCUCACACUUCUUCUCCUUCUCUUCUCCUUGUGACCUUUAUCUUCUUUCGUUUGACCUCCAUCUUUUCUCAAAUCUCUAAACGUCAUGAACACAUUUGGCUGCAGACAAACCGCAUCAACCCUGUGGUGAGGGCCAGUGACUAAUCACUGGCCCCCAGGCAUGUGAGGAGCUCUGAGAUUGGAGGUGUCCUGGUGAAAGAUGACUUUACUGGCUGGCGAUGGCUCUGACUAUGAUUACAGUGCCUUGAGCUGCAUCUCAGAUACCUCACUGAAUCCACCACCCAUCCAGGAUUGCGAGGCCCUUAAGGGUGUUUACUACAAACGUGCUCGGUGCCUUGCUAAGGAUCCUGAUGCUGAUGCCAGCCUUUUGCCUGGCUCCCAACGCUUACAUGCCAUCAUCAAUGUGGGUGGCCUGCGCUACCAGUUGCCAUGGAGCACGCUGGAUGACUUCCCACUAUCACGGCUAGGCCGUCUGCGUCUGUGUACAAGCUUUGACGAGAUCAUGUGUGUGUGCGACGACUACGAUGUGGCUCGCAAUGAGUUCUUCUUUGACCGAAGCCCAUGUGCUUUCCGUGCCAUUCUGACAUUCCUGCGUGCCGGAAAACUGCGCACUCUGAGGGACACUUGUGCUCUGUCCUUCCAAGAAGAACUGCUGUACUGGGGUGUCCCAGAGGAAAAACUGGAGUGGUGCUGCCGAAGGCGCCUGAUUCAGCGCAUAGAGGAGCGCGAUGAACUUGAGAGGGUGGCUGAGGAAGAUGAGGAAGAGGAAGAGUAUGAGAGUGAUGGAGCUGGUAAGGAGGGAAGCUUGGAUAGAGAAUCUCGACUGGGCCGCUGCAUGAUCAAGUUAAGGGACAUGGUGGAAAGGCCGCACUCAGGUCUUCCUGGAAAGAUCUUCGCUUGCCUCUCAGUGCUCUUUGUCACCAUUACAGCCAUUAACCUGUCCAUAAGCACCAUGCCUGCCAUGAGGGAGGAGGAAGAACCUGGCAAAUGCUCCCAGAUGUGCUACAAGAUUUUCAUCGUGGAGACCGUGUGUGUGGCAUGGUUCUCUCUUGAGUUCACACUGCGCUUCAUUCAGGAUCGCAGCAAGCUGGCCUUCCUCCGUCGUCCGCUCAACCUGAUCGAUGUGGUGGCCAUUUUGCCCUACUACAUCACCCUGGCUGUGGAUGGCACCUCUACAGGCUCGGGCAGCAGCUAUCUGGACAAAGUCGGGCUUGUUCUGCGUGUCCUGCGGGCUCUGCGCAUCCUGUACGUGAUGCGUUUGGCACGGCAUUCACUCGGUCUUCAGACGCUGGGCCUUACUGCACGCCGCUGUACGCGUGAGUUUGGCCUGCUGCUGCUGUUCUUGUGCGUGGCCAUCGCGCUCUUCUCCCCACUCCUGUACCUCAUUGAGAAUGAGGUGGCGGCCACGCAGGAGUUCAGCAGCAUUCCGGCUACGUACUGGUGGGCGGUGAUAACGAUGACGACGGUGGGAUAUGGUGACAUGGUGCCACGCAGCAUACCUGGCCAGGUGGUGGCGCUCAGCAGCAUCCUGAGCGGUAUCCUACUGAUGGCCUUCCCUGUGACAUCCAUCUUCCACACGUUCUCCCGUUCCUACGUGGAGCUGAAGCAGGAGCAGCAGCGCCUCCUGCAGCGGCGGACUCACUUCCUCCUGCGUGGUCGUGUACCUGGUCUCGGCAGUAACGCGUCACUAGAGAGUGACGUCCUGUUCCCCAGCGCCUCGUCCAAUCCAAGAGACCUCGAUGACUGAAAAAAAAAGACAGAAAUGAAAACAAAACAACUCAGCGAAUGGCGUGAAUAAGGACAGAGAACGUGUCAGGUUUAGACACAUUCAACAGUCUCAAUCUGGUCAUCGUUUUUGAAUCUGAGCUUAACAUGUGCUUCAGUUUUUCUGGAGUCAGCCUUUAAUUGACACAGGGUGAAUUCAGGUAUAAUACACAGAGACAUCAGAUCAAUUAUAAAAUCUUUAAAUGGUGGUUUCCUUCUUCUGUUCUUACUUUGUAUACACUGAAAAAAUGAAAUAUGUGGGAAGAGAAGAUACAUUUACAGCAUUUGGCAGAUGUCCCUAUCCAGAGCGACUCACACUUAUCUCAUAUUUACACAGUAUCAGUCAAAAGUUUGUACACACCUUUAAGUUCUAAUUCAAUGGUUGAUCUUUAUUUUUAUUAAUUAAAAGACACUUCAUGUCUUAAAGUAAUGACGGAUGUCAUUUCUUUUUACUUAGUUGAGCGAUUCUUGACAUAAUAUGGAUUACUACAGUUGUGGAUGGAAUAGAG